GUCCCCGGCAGCCAAUGGGAAGCGUCGAAGAACUUCGAAUGGGAAGAGCCCCCGGCAGCCAAUGGGAAGCCACGGUUCCUGAUGCUAAAUAAAGGACACUGAGAAGCUGUUGGAGAAGAGCGAAAAUCAGCUCCAGCUGUUGGUGACUCUCCUUCCAUAUUUAUUAUUCAACCAACCCUACCAUAAGGUCUUCCAGUCUCCGAGAGCUGCCCUGCGAGCCCCUGGUUGCUGACAGAGUUGCUUCUCGGGGAGAGAACUGAGCAAAUUGUGGUGCAAAGAGCCCAGGCUGCAUCCACCCCACAGAGCCCCAGGGACACGUCAGCCCCUGAGACUCCUCUGCAAGGAUGGGGAAAGGAACCCAAAGGCCAAAUUCUUCAAGCCAGGAGGAAGCCCUGAACACCUGCAGUGAUCCAGAGGAACAGUCCAAAUGUGGGUCCUACAGAACCGAGUCAGAGCGGAGAAUAUCCCCCAAGGUGCGUGUUCUCCUCGCUCUGAGUGUGCUCCUGGGGAUCCUCACCUUGAGCCUGGCUGGAGCAGUGGCUGUUCUCAGUGUGAGACCCCCUUUCCCUGAGCCGGAAUUCUCCCACGUGUGCCCAGACACCUGGCCUGGUUUCCAAGGAAAAUGUUAUCAUUUUUCUGAGGCUGAGGGCAACUGGACCACGGGCCGGGCAAGGUGUGAGGCCCUGGGAGCUUCACUGGCCACCAUAAGCACGAAGGAGGAACUGGCCUUCCUUCUGCGCUAUAAAGGCGAAGCAAACCACUGGAUCGGGCUGGGAAUGGGGGAUAACGGCUGGGGAUGGAUCAAGGGCACGGCCUUGAACGGCAGGUUUGAGGUGAGGGGUGGGGGGCCCUGCGGGUACCUCGAUGACGGAUGGAUCAGCUCGUCCCUGUGCCACACGGAGAAGAACUGGAUCUGCAGCCGCCCCGACGACUAUGAACUCUGGAAGGGGAAAUUAGGAGACCCCAAACCAGACUUUCAACCGAAAUCUCUGGUCAGAUGAGGGAUGUUCACCCCAGCAGUGCAACUGAAAUUGUUGGGGUGAAUCCAAAAAUCAGGUAUAAGAAGCUGGUUAAGGACUUACCAGGAGAAUAGCAGAGCUCAGGCGGAGCUUAGGCCGGUGCUUCUCUUGGCCACCCAUUUCGGUGGGGGGUAAAUCAGCCUCUUUUCAAGUUUUUUCUGCGGAGGCCGCGGUUUGGGGGCGGUUUUGGGGUGAGAAAGGAGCCUUUUAGUGUCCAUUCUCACCCUCCUGUUACUUCCGCAUCACUCCCGCGCUUGUCUCCCUUUAAAUACCCUCGGCUCGUGCUGAUUGGCCGGUUAAACCGCGCCCCCUCACUCCCAUUGGCUGCUCCUCCCCGCGCUCCGCCCCUUCCCUUUUCCCGCCCUAAGGGCGGACCUGGGUGAGAACUGCGCCCUCCCGCGGUCAUUCCGAAAAAGGCGCGGGGCGGACCUGGUUGAGGACUGCGAGAGCGGGGUCCGUUUUAAGUGGAAAAAGGUGGAUUUUGGGGCCGAUUUCGCAACUUUUCGCCUUAGUAAAGAGCGGGCGUUUAUAAAACUGAAGCUUGAAAGGUGCUUUUUAAAAUAAUGGGUUGGUUAUACACAAAAUCCAACCGAAUUCAGUGUAUUGUCAACGAUUUGGGAUGCCCCCAAACCACCAAUUAUUGUGAAUUAAUAAAUGUGAGUAAUAUUAAUUGUGAA